GGAAAUACUACUAAAUUAAAUUACUGAUUGAUGCACCUCUCUUGAUUUCUCUCUCUCGAGCAGUAUUCAACGUCGCAUUGCAGACUGCAGCGCUCAGCCAACGCAGCAACUGUGCGUGCGUGCGUGUGUGUGUGUGAGAGAGAGAGAGACAAAGACGGCAACAAAUGGGAUGGUUCCCAUGCUCGGGACAGUCAAAGGAAAAGCUGGGGAAGAAGAAUAGGUCGCUCGAUCCAGUCGAGCCCUCUUCAGGUAAACCCGGAGAUGCCACCAAAGAUGGAUCGUCCAAUAAAAUUGCAGCCAGGACUUUUACUUUCCGUGAAAUGGCAGCUGCCACAAAAAAUUUCCGUGGAGAAUCUUUUAUAGGGGAGGGAGGCUUUGGCCGAGUGUAUAAAGGACAGCUGGAAGGAACCAGUCAAGCUGUUGCAAUCAAGCAACUUGAUCGGAAUGGCUUGCAAGGAAACAGAGAAUUUCUUGUUGAAGUAUUGAUGCUGAGUCUGCUUGAUCACCCUAACCUCGUCAAUCUAAUUGGAUACUGUGCUGAUGGGGACCAGAGACUUCUAGUUUACGAAUAUAUGGAGCUAGGUUCUUUGGAGGACCAUCUUCAUGAUCCAAUGCCCGAUAAGGCAGUACUUGAUUGGAACACAAGAAUGAAAAUUGCUGCCGGAGCAGCAAGAGGAUUGGAAUAUUUACAUGACAAAGCUAGCCCUCCUGUCAUUUAUCGUGAUCUAAAAUGCUCCAAUAUUUUGCUCGGUGAGGGUUAUCAUCCAAAGCUGUCUGAUUUUGGUUUGGCUAAACUGGGACCUGUUGGGGAUAACACGCAUGUAUCCACGAGGGUCAUGGGCACCUAUGGAUACUGUGCACCUGAGUAUGCAAUGACUGGCCAGCUGACUCUCAAGUCAGAUGUCUAUAGCUUUGGUGUAGUUCUUCUUGAAAUCAUAUCAGGCAGGAAAGCUGUUGACAAUUCAAAGAAUGGGAACGAGCACAAUCUCGUCGUUUGGGCAAGACCGAUGUUCAAGGACAAGAGGAAAUUCCCACAGAUUGCUGAUCCUGUGCUCCAAGGUCAAUACCCAACGAGAGGCCUGUACCAAGCUCUCGCCAUUGCGGCAAUGUGCGUUCAGGAGCAGCCUAACCUGCGACCCAUGAUUGCAGACGUUGUCACAGCUCUGACAUAUCUGUCUUCACAGAAGUAUGACUCUGAAACACAUCCUGCUCAGAACCCUCUCUGGAAACCUUGCACUCCUCCUAGAACAAAGGGCAAAGGUGAUAAGAAACGAAUUGAUGGAAGCAUUGGCCCCAGAAGAGAACAAACUGACAACCGUUUCUGAGGUUUGUGCUAUUACUUAAAUAAAUUUUUUCCUCGGAAUUCUACUGUGAAUGUAUGGAUUAUUCUGUGUCAUGCAUUGUUUUCUUGGUCGUCUUCUACGUAGGGUGCAUGUAUUUGUUUUGGAUAAUUGUGUAGAUGACUGGUUUUCGUACAGUUAUAGAUGUAUAUAGCUAUUACUAUUAUUAUCUGAUUUGUACAAUGGACCACGAUAGUGUAUAAUGAGUGAAUGACAAGAUUUUAUAGAA